GUAAAGGUAGCUAAAGCAGAUGUUUACACGAGGCCGGACAGGCGGCGGUGUUCUCAGGUAAUCGCUGUAACCAUAGAAACACAGCUGCAUUUUGUUAUUCAAAAAGGUGACGUCGGCGACGUAGAUUACCCAUAUCACCUUGCGCUUUUCAGAACAACAAUCAUCUAGCUAGAGGUCUCAGUUACAAAAACAACAAAACGGAGGCACUUUGUCAGCUCGAGCAGUCAGUCUGCCAUGGACCAGGAUUAUGAGAGUCGGCUGCUACGACAAAUCAAUAUACAGAAUGACAACGCCAGCCCCAUUAAGGUGACAGAGGUCAUGCAAGCACUGACGCCCACAAACUCACCCCUGUCCUCACCAAGUAAACACGGAGAUCGCUUCAUCCCGUCCCGCGCUGGAGCCAACUGGAGCGUCAACUUCCACCGCAUAAAUGAAAACGAAAAGUCAUACAGCCAAAACAGGAAGACAAAGGAUGGCACCUCAGACAACAGCAAAGAUGGCCUGGCAUACUCGGCCCUGCUGAAGAACGAGCUACUGGGGGCGGGCAUUGAGAAGGUGCAGGACCCUCAGACGGAGGACCGGCGGCUGCAGCCGUCCACUCCAGAGAAGAGGAGCCUGUUUAGCUAUUCUUUAAGUGCCAAACGCUCAGUUCCAGAUGAUGGCAACAGCAUCUCCCCUUACUCCCUGUCACUAGUCAGCAGUAACAGUCAGAAGCUGUUGCGGUCUCCACGGAAACCUAUGCGCAAGAUCUCAAAGAUUCCUUUUAAGGUGCUGGACGCCCCGGAGCUUCAGGACGACUUCUACCUCAACCUGGUGGACUGGUCCUCGUUAAACGUGCUUAGUGUUGGCCUUGGGACCUGCGUGUACCUGUGGAGUGCCUGCACCAGCCAGGUGACGAGGUUGUGUGAUCUGUCAGUAGAAGGCGACUCUGUGACUUCAGUAGGCUGGUCGGAGAGGGGGAGCUUGGUGGCAGUGGGCACUCAUAAGGGUUUUGUGCAGAUUUGGGAUGCGGCUGCAGGAAAAAAGCUCUCUGUAUUAGAGGGCCACACAGCCAGAGUGGGCGCGUUGGCGUGGAACGUGGACCAGCUGUCUUCAGGCAGCAGGGACAGGCUAAUCCUGCAGAGGGAUAUCCGGGCCCCUCCACUACAGUCCGAACGCAAGCUCCUGGGUCACCGGCAAGAAGUGUGCGGCCUAAAGUGGAGCACAGACCACCAGCUCCUCGCCUCAGGUGGCAAUGACAACAAGCUGUUAGUGUGGAACCACUCCAGCGUCUCGCCCAUGCAGCAGUACACAGAGCACUUGGCGGCCGUGAAAGCCAUCGCCUGGUCGCCUCACCAGCACGGUCUGCUCGCAUCCGGCGGGGGAACAGCUGACCGCUGCAUCCGCUUCUGGAACACGCUGACCGGGCAGCCUCUGCAGUCCACUGACACCGGCUCACAGGUCUGCAACCUGGCCUGGUCCAAACACACCAAUGAACUGGUCAGCACACAUGGAUACUCUCAGAAUCAGAUCCUGGUGUGGAAGUACCCCUCCCUCACACAGGUGGCCAAGCUCACCGGACAUUCCUACAGAGUGCUAUAUCUGGCCAUGUCGCCGGAUGGGGAGGCCAUAGUUACUGGAGCAGGAGAUGAGACUCUGCGCUUCUGGAACGUCUUCAGCAAAACCAGAUCCACCAAGGAAUCUAUAUCAGUUUUAAAUCUGUUUACAAGGAUCCGGUAAUAUCUGCAUGCAUUUGGACAUGCUAACAUUAAGGACUCCCAUGGGAACAUACGCUGAUUAUCACCGUGAUAACCUGAGCGACUGAUGGACGUUAGACCACACCUCCUCUUCUGUGGUGCUGUUUUGAAGAACUGGGAAUAGACAGAGGGGCACUGUGGGAAAUGUGUCCCCUUAGAUUUUACUUCAGAGAGGAGCGGUUGCAUUACUGCCAAAUAACUAACGUGUGAAUGUUUAUUUGUUGGUUUGUUUAAGUUUCUUUUCACCACUGUGCUUUUCUAAAUCUUGUGUGCUUUUCCCUCCCCCGCAGUUGUGUUUGUGAUAAUGAGCUUUGUGCCCAUUAGCCUUAACUGCAGUGUUGAGUUAACCUCAGAGGGUCAACGUUAGGCCUUGGAACAUUGCAGCUACAUUUUCUUAUUAUUUUUAACAAAUUAUUUAUUUGAGCUUAGCUCCCUGCUUUUGUAAUCUAACUUGUUUGGUUUUUUUUUUAUAGAAAAAAAAAAUCAGAUCAUAUAUUUAAUUGACAUAUCAUAGAUAAAUAUUCUGUUUAAAACUGCAUUUACAUUUGGACCCUUUGUGUUUCUGUGUUAUGAAUCAUUUGACAUAAUCGCAGCAAUUGCUUUAAAUUCAGCUUUUGAUUCUCAAGUUGGCAAGAACUUCCAUUAUGUCUAUAACACACAGUACAGCAUAAUGUAUCUUAAACUACAUCCCAACCAGUGGAACCACUGUUUUACUUCAGCAGACUAAAUUUCUGUGGUAUGAAACAUUUAGUCCUCUGCACUUGAAUUAUUCCAAGUUGUUAGAUGUAAAUUG